GCCAAGUCAUCAAAACUAACACUUAGUCUUGGACAAGUGCCACGCCUUCCUCUGCCGUCCUCCUCACUUUACUCUUUCUCCCACUGCUGCUCUGCCUCUGCCUCUCUCUCUCUCUUAUCUUUGCAAUAUCCAAAGCUCAUCUGGCAAUAUCAGAGGAACGAUAGAAAAUUAAAUAACCGACCGACUAACCUCACCAUUUGCUGUCAAUGGUGACCCUGAAAGCAGGGACCAGACCACCAUGGGUAGGACUUGGAGCAGCUGUCUGGGUUCAGAUAGCAUCUGGGAAUGCCUACAACUUCCCUCUCUAUUCUCAUUCCUUGAAAUCUGUUCUUGGUUUUAAUCAACACCAGCUUACUCUGCUUGGUGUUGCUAAUGAUAUUGGGGAGAAUGUUGGGCUCCUUCCUGGUAUUGCCUGCAACAAGUUCCCUCCUUGGUCCAUUCUCUUGAUUGGAGCUUUUGCUUGUUUCUUUGGUUAUGGUGUUCUCUGGCUCGCUCUUAGCCGCACUGUUCAGUCUAUGCCUUAUUGGUUGCUAUGGCUUGCACUAUGUAUUGCUACUAACAGUAGUGCUUGGUUGACCACUUCUGUACUUGUGACCAACAUGAGAAACUUCCCUCUUAGCCGAGGCACAGUUGCUGGUAUUCUCAAAGGUUAUGGUGGAAUUAGUGCUGCAGUGUUUACUGCAAUUUACAGUAUGCUGCUUGAUAGUUCCUCCUCUAAGCUUCUAGUGUUUCUUGCACUUGGAAUUCCUGUUCUUUGUUUUCUAAUGAUGUAUUUUGUAAGGGCAUGUACUCCGGCUUCUGGUGAGGACUCCUCAGAGCAUGCUCAUUUUCUUUUUACACAAGCAGCUCUUAUUACACUAGGCUUAUAUAUUCUAAUAACCACAAUAUUGGACCGCAUCCUUCAUUUGAGUACCCCAAUAACUUAUACUUUUCUCAUCAUAAUGUUUAUCCUCCUCAUGGCUCCACUUGCAAUACCCAUAAAGAUGACAUUUUACCGUUCUAGAACCGGCAAAUCAGGGAUGCCUGACCAAUCAGUUGGGUCAUCGGAAAAUCUGGUGCAGGAAGAAGCCAUUGCAGACAAAACUGAACCAUUGCUUAAGUCAUCUUCAUCAGCACAUAUCCUCGGAAGCUUUCACGAAAAUGAGGAGGCAUCUGAGGUGGCUAUGCUUCUAGCUGAGGGUGAGGGGGCAGUAAAGAAGAAGAGGAGGCCGAAAAGGGGGGAGGAUUUCAAAUUUAGUGAAGCUGUAGUCAAAGCUGAUUUCUGGCUUCUCUUCUUUGUUUACUUUGUUGGGGUUGGUUCUGGGGUAACCGUACUCAAUAAUCUGGCGCAGAUAGGUAUCGCCCAAGGUUUGCAUGACACCACAAUUUUGCUGUCCCUCUUCAGCUUUUGCAAUUUUGUGGGACGUCUUGGUGGUGGGACUGUUUCUGAACAUUUUGUCAGGUCAAAAACAAUUCCGCGUACAAUAUGGAUGACAUGCACUCAAGUAAUAAUGAUCAUAACAUAUCUGCUUUUUGCUUCUGGCAUUGAUGGUACCCUUUUCGCUGCAACUGCAUUACUCGGCAUUUGCUAUGGGGUUCAGUUCUCUAUCAUGAUUCCAACAGUCUCUGAGCUUUUUGGCUUGAACCACUUCGGUGUAUUUUACAAUUUCAUGUCACUGGGCAAUCCUCUUGGUGCAUUCCUUUUCUCAGGACUUCUUGCAGGAUAUGUAUAUGAUACUGAGGCAGAAAAGCAACACGGACUGAAUCUGUUGCCUGGCUCAAGCAUCUCAUGCAUAGGUCCACAGUGCUUCAGACUCACAUUCCUUGUUCUGGCUGGUGUCUGUGGGGUGGGAUCCAUCUUGAGCCUUAUUUUAACUAUGAGAAUAUGGCCUGUUUAUGAGAUGCUUUACGCCGGGGGCUCCUUCAGAUUGCGUCAAACCUCAACUCAUUAAGAUUAUUGAAGUGGAGAAUGGAAGUUUGAAGUCAUUACAAGCAAGUUUGAAGUCAUUACAAGCUGCUAUUCUACUGAAGCACAUGUUAGGACUUAAACCAUCAGCUGCAGAUUUAUUUGCCAAAGAAAUUCAAAUGUACUUGAAUAACAAGAACUUCCCUGAAAAAAGGAGUUAUGAUGACUGUGAAGUUCGGAUAAAAAUUUUGUGAAGAUGAUAUUUUCACACGAUAUCAGCAUAAUGAUAAUCUCUGCACUUCAUGUAACAGCUCGGCUCUAAUUUUUGGAUUCAAUUUUCACUUAUUAUUUAGUAAUUUCGUAUUAGAAUAUAUAAAACUCUAUUAUUUAGUAGUUUCGUAUUAGAAUAUAUAAAACUCUUUUAUUCUCUUUA